AGAUGUCAUGUAAUUUGUCUCACGCUCUUUAAUGCUAUUAUACAGAUGAUUAUAUGCUCAUUGAUAUUGAUAUGGUGUUUAUGAGGUUAUAUACCUCUUGGUUGGGGAAAAAAAAUUGUUGGUUAUGUUUAAUGGUUUCAUACGAUUUGCUUUUUAAGAGGAAGAUAUUGUACUUUAAAUGAGGUUCUUUUGAUUUUCAAGCAACGUGAUGUAAUGUGAUUCAAGCAUUAUAUCUCUUAGGAAAACGUGAAUUAUAACAUGAUAAUUACUUACCAUUCAUCAUUCUGACCAUUUGACAAACAAUUUAUAGUAAAUCCUCGAUUAACGGAUACUUGUGUAACAGUUUUGUUGCCUUUAAUUUGGUGAAUGGAUGCCAAACUCAACUUAUAAACAGAUCAUUUUUGUGUGUGUUAUGAAAGAGCACACAUGAAACCAUUUUCUCUCCAUCAGGAAUACCCGAGUGCCUGAAUUCUGUAGCAGAUGGUUUUAAUGAACUACCAUCGGCAUUAACCAGUUUUCAACAGAACCAUGAUUCUCAAGCGGAAUAUGGUGACAGUCAUUCUCAUUUUUCUGGUGUUCUGUUUCGGGAUAUUCAUCCUUUAUGGUCAGCUUGGGGACGACAAAGAGAAGAUGGUACUGGUGCAACCCUCCAAGGACUUUGGCAGUGAAAAACCAAGUGUGAUGAACCAUACUGAAGAUAAAGAAGAAGUAAAUGGGCCUGAUGUCAGACAAGAUGAUCCAAGAUUAGUUGCACGACUGUUGAAACAUUUCAUUAUAAAGCCACCACCACAGGAAGUUCCUUACUUCUUGAAUGAUGCUGACUUGGAUGAUACUUCAAUGGGUCAGUCAAAGAAAAUUCUAAAUCUAGUCAACUAUAAGAAAAAUGGUUUCUUCGUGGAGUGUGGGGCCCUAGAUGGUGAAACGCGGUCAAACACACUUGUGUUUGAACGCACAUAUGGUUGGAGUGGUUUGUUGAUUGAAGCGGAUCCCUCCAACUUCGCUGAGAUGGUGAAGAAGAAUAGGAAAGCUUUCCUUUCUCCCACUUGCCUAAGCAUCAAACCACAUCCCAUGAAGGUGUCGUUCAAGCAAGCUGUGAACAUUGGGAAGAUAUCGGACUACCCGGCAGGCUACAGAGCGGAUGGCUAUGUGGACGUGCAGUGUUUCCCGCUGUACACGUACUUGCUAGCGUUGAACCGCACCACCGUGGAUUACUUCAGCCUGGAUGUGGAGGGCAACGAGCUGGAUGUGCUCAAGACUAUACCGUUUGAUAAAGUGGACAUUCGGACCUUGUCUGUGGAAUUCUUUCAUGUGAAAGUUGGAGAAGACGAUGGGAAAAGCUAUCUGAGAGAGUUCAUGGAAUCUAAGGGUUAUGACGUGGACAGUGAAGUUACCCAUGAAAAUAACUUGGCUAAUGACUUCAUUUUUUAUAAGCGAAAAACGAAGAAUCUUUAGCACAACUGAUGUGAAAGAAAGAUGAUGUACUUGUGCUUGUAUUACCCGUAAAACUUUCAAACAAGCAGCAUGGUUUGGAAGGUGAACUUUUUUCAGACUAUUUCUUAUGAAUGUUAUUUUGAAACACCUUAAUGUUCAACAACAUGUAGCAUAUUAGUGGUUUUCAUGUGAAAACAGGAAGUAAAUUGUUGAUAAGUGCCAUUUGGUUGAAUAUUAUAUAACAUACUCAUCAUACUGUAUGUGAUGUCGUAUUGUUUUGGUAUUGAUAAAUAUCAUAUCUUCCAUUGUUUAAAGUUGUAAAGUUCUGUACAAAGUGAAGGUCACAUACUCCAUAAAUAUUAAACUUGUUAAUUUAUA